GGAAAAUGUAAACAAACAGAUUCGAACGACGAGGCAGCUUCUCUACGUCAAAAAGCCUGAGACGCUGUAAGAGAAGAAAAGAGAAGAAGGGUCUUCGUGUCAGCAUUGAACGUCACUGCGGGAGCCCAGGGAAGUAUCGUUGAUGCUUUCUGAUUUUUUAAAUAAAUCUCUUGUGUCCAGUUGCAGCUGAUGACAUGUGACGUUUAUGCCGUUGGAGAAAAUCAUCAAGCAACCGCGCUCGUCUCGCUUUGAUUACGCUAGCAUCACGUACUCAUGGCUGCAGAUAUGUCUCUUCCUUGGCCAGCCAACAUUCCAGAACUUAAGAGGCUGGAUGAGCUUCUUAGAUGUGGAAUCUGUUACGACUUCAUGUCCACAUCGAUGGUUACAGCUUGCUCCCAUAACUACUGUUCCCUGUGUAUUCGUCAAUACCUUGACUACAAAACACAAUGCCCUGCUUGCUUCAGUGAAACUACCAGUCAGCAACUCCGUAACAACAGACUUCUUGAUGAAAUUCUUGGGCUUUUUCCAAAUUUAAGGGAUAAGGUUGCUAAGCUGUGCCAGACCACAAAGGGAAAUAGCAUUACCAGCUAUUUAGAAAGCAAGGAAUUGGAAAACCAAGAACCAGUAGAUGAGCAUAUUAAUACCACAAGUACUUCGUCAAAAUAUCAGGAAGAUUCAGCUAGUUCUCCUAAAGCAACGUCAGUGAAAGAUUUUAUCUCAUCACCAAGAAUUGGUAAAUCUCCUAUGGAUACCCCUAAAAGAAACUCCAUAAAGUCUCUAUCAUCAAGUAACAACAGUACACACUUGAGAGGAAGCCAGGCAGAACCAUCAACAUCAGGUUUCUCUAGCACAACUAGUAACCCUAAAUGGGGUUCUGGAUCACCUGCUAGUAUUUUUAAUUCUCGGUUAUCAUCUCCAGUAUCAUCAACACAAAGUACACGCCAGACUGUGUCUGGGCACUUCUCCAUUCGUAAUGAUCUUUCAACAGUGAGUGGAGGGCAGGAUGAAACCAGAGUCAGUUGCCCAGUGUGUUGUGUAGAAGUACCAGAAAGAAACAUAAAUCUACACUUGGAUGCAUGUCUGAAGCGGAUGGAGAUGGGAUGUGAGGAAGAAAU